GAGCUGAUCUGUGUUUGUUCGACGCCAUGGUCAUCAAGUAAGUGACUUUAUUACGUACAAUUGUACACAUGCAUGCACUAUCAUAUCUGGACAUGUUACAUGUUACUUUGGAGAAGUAAUUGAUAAAUGAUAAAUGCCUCUGAAUUUCUGAUUAACUAAGCAUCCAUUGUCGAUUGUAUGGAAACGCCCCCAGAAAAUUACGAUUGCGAUUUACAAAUUUCCUUGCAACUGUGAGUCAGAGCAAGUAUAAAUUUCGUUGGCGUAAAAGUGUGCCCGGUUAGCACAAUUGGGAUAGCACCGACCUGUUGAAUCUUUUGAACGAGAGGCCCGGGUUCAAACCCUUGCCUGACCACUAUUUAGGGUAUUAUUUAAAAAGAUCAUGUCUCGAGUUCAGAUGAUCGCGUCAUUGGACGGUGAGGCGAAGCUUUUGGCCUUCUCUCUUUCAUUUUUUCUUCAUCAAUAGGGAGCUUAAGCAACAACGACGGCGACGGCGACGGCUACAAAAACGUCUCUUAAAAAGUGAAUUCGCGCUGCCUGAAACUUUAUCGUGCUUAUUCCAUCUCGUUUAAUUGGUCAAAUGUCGGCACAUUUUUUUGGAGUUGAAUUCUGAAGGACUGUAUCAAAGUUUUGGAAUAAAAAAAAAAAGUUGUUGUCUUGUGUUCCCGUCCUCUACAAAACGUGAAGGUAGGCACUUUCACAUUGUAGUCGUGCAGCGAUGGCUAAGAAAUGUACAAGAAAGCGUGAUGCACGUGCAAAGUUGUUGUUUUUCUAUUCCCUUUUUGCCGUUUUCGUUGCCGUCGCCGUCGUCGUUGCUUAAACUCCCUAAUGUACUGGAAGGGGACGUAAGAGAACCCACAAUACUGUACGAAAACAGUAGGGAAAGGAGGGAAAUUUCCCUAGUGUUGUGGUCUACCUCUACAAAUGUACCGUUAGUGGCAGCCAGUGGCGCCACUAUGUGCUGACGUCCAACUUGCUGUUCAUCAGUCUUUAAUGUAAACCAGACACGUAUUGUGUUUCCUGAACCAUUAUCAUUCACUAGCCUAUGAAAUCGCUUCUUUUUUAUAUUUUUAGGUUCCAGCACCUGGUCAUCCUCAAGUGCUACUCAGUCAACCUCGCCUUCGACCAGUAUUUCUUCAACAAGCUCUUCCUGGUCAAGUUCAUCCCAAUCAGAUUCGUUCUCUAGUGUGUCCCAGUCGGGCUCCUCCUCUGUGACUACAAGUUAUUCCGUGUCAAGUUCGUCCUCACCCAGUAUGUCUUUGUCGAGCUCGUCGUCAGAAAGUCUUUCCUUAACAGUCUCUUCGUCGCCCAGUGUAUCCCAGUCAAGCUCCUCAUCUGUGUCAACAAGUUAUUCCGUGUCAAGUUCAUCCUCGCCUAGUGUGUCUCAAUCGAGCUCGUCUUCAUAUAGUCUUUCGUUAACAGUCUCGUCGUCGCCCAGUGUGUCCCAGUCAAGCUCCUCAUCUGUGUCAACAAGUUAUUCCGUGUCAAGUUCAUCCUCGCCUAGUGUGUCUCAAUCGAGCUCGUCUUCAUAUAGUCUUUCGUUAACAGUCUCGUCGUCGCCCAGUGUAUCCCUGACAGAUUCGUCUUCUAGUGUUUCCCAAUCAAUGUCGUCUUCAUUUUCCCAGUCUGUUUCCAGCACCUCUUCUCAAAGUAAGUCAUAGUGGAUCCUCUUUUCCGGGUACGCCCUCGGGAGCGACGCAAGUGUCCCCUGAAUCAGAGAGGUGUCCCCUGAAUGGAGGUCGGGCUGGGGUUUGGUAACACUUAACCAACAAAUACAACGUUUUUCUAUUUAUAUUCUAUCUCGGAAUCUGCUGCAGUUAUUAUUUCAAACAGAUAAUGUAUAUAAAAAAUCAUGAUUAACUUAUCCCUGCGAUAUUGUGUGUUGAAUUCCCUCUAGUGUUGUACAGCGAUUUAAAAGACAGUGAGAUAUAAAAAACCUAGCAAUAGGUUAAAACAAAAAUCGAAACAAAGUAACCCCCCCCCCCCAAAAGUGAGAUAGUUCAUGUUGUGAAAGUUGUCGUCAUUGUGACUAGUCAAUACACCUGUUAUUAUCACCGCUUUUUGUGGUCAGUCACUUUUUACGUGCUAAUGGAAGUUUCUGGAUCGAUAAAAAGUGUCCCUUUCCCUUGAAUAGAGCUGUCCGUUCAAUAGAGGUAACAGCGUUUUGCAGGCAUUUUUCCGGGACCAAAUUUUGUGUCCCCGCAGUGGAGUUGUUCGUUAAAGAGAGGUGUACCAAAGAUGAGGUUCCACUGUAAUAUAUUAUUUUCUAAUCCUUCGUUUAAUUUUUUUUAGGUUUGUCAUCCUGUUUUUGCUACUAUCCAACAUCAGGUAAACUGUUCAUAGGGUAGUGACUUUCGUUGUUUGACAUACCUUUUAUUACUUAUUCAAAGUUUAUCGUUAUUUGCUCCAAUUAGGCUCAUCAACAUCUUCAUCGUCUGCGAGCACGUUUUCUCUGUCAAGCACAAGCUCUGGUUCAUAUUUUUUCACUACAUCCUCAUCUGCAGCAAUAAAGAGUUCCGUGGAAUCUAUCAGCAGAUCUUCCUCUGUCAGUUAUUCCAUUUCUUCGUCUGUUAGCCCAUCUACCUCACAAGCGUCUAGCACAGCUUCUUUGUCAGCAAGUACACUAAGCUUGAGCUCAAGUAUUUCUUCUUCUGCGAGUUUUAUUGAAUCUACCAGCAUAUCUCCUUCUGUCAGUUAUUCCAUUUCUUGGUCUGUUAGCCCAUCUACCUCACUAACUCUUAGUAGAGCUUCUUCGUCAGAAAGUACAGUAAGCUUAAGCUCAAGUAUAUCUUCUUCUGUGAGUUUUACUAAAUCUAUCAGCACAUCUCCGUCUUUUAGCCCACCUACCUCUCAAGCGUCUAGUACAGCUUCUUUGCCAGCAAGCACACUAAGCUUGAGCUCAAGUAUUUCUUCUUCUGCGAGUUUUACUGAAUCUACCACCACAUCGUCCUCUGUUAGUUAUUCCAUUUCUUGGUCUUUUAGCCCAUCUACCUCACAAACGUCUAGUGUAGCUUCUUUGUCAGUAACUACACUAAGCUUGAGCUCAAGUUUGUCUUCUGUGAGUUUUACUGAAUCUACCAGCACAUCGUCCUUUGUCAGUUAUUCCAUUUCUUCGUCUGUUAGCUUAUCUACCUCACAAGCGUCCAGUACAGAAUUUUUGUCAGCAAGUACACUAAGCUUGAGCCCAAGUAUUUCUUUUUCUGCGAGCUUUACUGAAUCUACCAGCAUUUCUCCCUCUGUCGGUUAUUCCAUUUCUUGGUCUGUUAGCCCAUCUACAUCACUAACUCUUAGUACAGCUUCGUUGUCAGAAAGUACAGUAAGCUUAAGCUCAAGUAUGUCUUCUUCUGUGAGUUUUACUAAAUCUAUCAGCACAUCUCCGUCUUUUAGCCCACCUACCUCUCAAGCGUCUAGUACAGCUUCUUUGUCAGCAAGCACACUAAGCUUGAGCUCAAGUAUUUCUUCUUCUGCGAGUUUUACUGAAUCUACCAGCACAUCGUCCUCUGUCAGUUACUCCAUUUCUUGGUCUUUUAGCCCAUCUACCUCACAAACGUCCAGUACAGAAUUUUUGUCAGCAAGUACACUAAGCUUGAGCCCAAGUAUUUCUUUUUCUGCGAGCUUUACUGAAUCUGCCAGAGUUUUCCUGUCGGAAUUUCUUGGUCUGUUACCAUCACAUCACUAACUCUUAGUCCUUCGUUGUCAGUUACAGUAAGCUCCAUUUCUUCUUCUGGUCUUUAAAUCCCAUCACAUCUCCGUCUUUUAGCCCACCUACCUCUCAAGCGUCUAGUACAGCUUCUUUGUCAGCAAGCACACUAAGCUUGAGCUCAAGUUUGUCUUCUGUGAGUUUUACUGAAUCUACCAGCACAUCGUCCUUUGUCAGUUAUUCCAUUUCUUCGUCUGUUAGCUUAUCUACCUCACAAGCGUCCAGUACAGAAUUUUUGUCAGCAAGUACACUAAGCUUGAGCCCAAGUAUUUCUUUUUCUGCGAGCUUUACUGAAUCUACCAGCAUUUCUCCCUCUGUCGGUUAUUCCAUUUCUUGGUCUGUUAGCCCAUCUACAUCACUAACUCUUAGUACAGCUUCGUUGUCAGAAAGUACAGUAAGCUUAAGCUCAAGUAUGUCUUCUUCUGUGAGUUUUACUGAAUCUAUCAGCACGUCUCCGUCUGUCAGUUAUUCCAUUUCUUCGUCUGUUAGCCCAUCUACUUCACAAGCGUUUAAUACGGCUUCUUUGUCAGCAAGCACACUUAACUUGAGUUUUUCUUCCCCUGUGAGUUUUACGGAAUCUAUCAGCACAUCUCCCUCUGUCAGUUAUUCCAUUUCUUCGUCUGUUAGGCCAUCUACCUUCCAAACGUCUAGUACAGCUUCUUUGUCAGCAAGCACACUAAGCUUGAGCUCAAGUAUUUCUUCUUCUACGAGUUUUACUGAAUCUAUCAGCACAUCUCCCUCUGUCAGUUAUUCCAUUUCUUCGUCGGUUAGGCCAUCUACCUCACAAGCGUCUAGUACAGUUUCUUUGUCAGCAAGCACAUUAAGCUUGAGCUCAAGUAUUUCUUCUUCUGCGAGUUUUACUGAAUCUACCAGCACAUCUUCUUCUGAUAGUUAUUCCAUUUCUUCAUCUGUUAGUUCAUCAUUGAUGAGCACAUCUUUAUCCUCAACUUACUCGUCAAGCAUAUUUUCAGGUAAUGCGUACAUUACUUAAAUAUACCUUUUAAGGGUUCUUACCCAACCACAAACCGAUUGCAUGGUAGUAUUGUAUGAUUGUAUGCUGCUAAUAUAUAAUUUUUCUUCCUAGCAGUUUCCACGAGUUCCUCUUCUUCGUCUGAAAGCACUUCUUCUUCAUUGUCAACGUCGGAUUCCUUUUCACAUUCACCGAGUGUAUCAUCGUCAGAAUCAUCAGCUUCAGCAUCUUCGUCCUCGUAUUCCUUUUCGACUUCGGUCAGCAAAUCAUCAACGUCGUUAUCGGUUUCAUCGAGUACGUUAUUGUCGACAAGCGUGUCCUCACUUUCAACUUCGCCAAGUUAUUUAGCCUCUGUGUCUACAACAUUCUCAUCGUCACAGUCCAGUUCCUCAUCUGUGAGCACAUAUUUGUCGUCAUCUUCAGUUUCCUCAAGUGACUCAUCGUCGACAAGCACGUCCUCACUUUCAAGUUCGCCAAGCUCCUCAUCAUCUAGGUCUACAACAUUCUCAUCUUCACAGUCCAGUUCCUUAUCUGUGAGCACAUCGUCAUCUUCACUCAUCGUCCAAGUUCCUUUCAUUCGUGAUCAUCUGGGUCACAACAUUCUCAUCUCGUCAUUCCUCAUCUGUGAGCACAUAUUUUCGUCAUCUUCAGUUUCCUCAAGUGACUCAUCGUCGACAAGCACGUCCUCACUUUCAAGUUCGCCAAGCUCCUCAUCAUCUGGGUCUACAACAUUCUCAUCUUCACAGUCCAGUUCCUCAUCUGUGAGCACAUAUUUGUCGUCAUCUUCAGUUUCCUCUCAUCGUCGACAAGCACGUCCUCACUUUCAAGUUCGACAACAUUCUCAUCUUCACAGUCCAGUUCCUUAUCUGUGAGCACAUAUUUGUCGUCAUCUUCAUUUGUUCGCCAAGCUCGUCAUCCUCAUCAAGUUCGCCAAGCUCCUCAUCAUCUAGGUCUACAACAUUCUCAUCUUCACAGUCCAGUUCCUCAUCUGUGAGCACAUAUUUGUCGUCAUCUUCAGUUUCCUCAAGUGACUCAUCGUCGACAAGCACGUCCUCACUUUCAAGUUCGCCAAGCUCCUCAUCAUCUGGGUCUACAACAUUCUCAUCUUCACAGUCCAGUUCCUCAUCUGUGAGCACAUAUUUGUCGUCAUCUUCAGUUUCCUCAAGUGGCUCAUCGUCGACAAGCACGUCCUCACUUUCAAGUUCGCCAAGCUCCUCAUCAUCUGGGUCUACAACAUUCUCAUCUUCACAGUCCAGUUCCUCAUCUGUGAGCACAUCUUCGUCGUCAGCUUCAAUUUCCUCAAGUGGUUCAUUGUCGACAAGCGCGUCCUCAAUUUCAACUUCGCCAAGUUAUUUAUCCACUGAGUCUACAGCUUACUCAUCUUCACAGCCCGGUUUCUCAUCUGUGAGCACAUCUUCAUCGUCAGUUUCAGUUUCUUCAAGUGACCCGUUGUCGACAAGCGCGUCCUCACUUUCAACUUCCUCUGUGGCUGGAGCAUUUUCUAGUUCUUCUAUAAGCGCGUAUUCGACUUCAACUUCAGCUUUAUCUAUGAGUUUCUCAUCACUGAGUACGUCAUCUGUGAGUGCAACGUCAUCUUCAACGUCUCUCAGCAUCCUAUCGUUGGCAAGUAUAUCAUUCUCAACCGCAAGCAUAUAUUCAUCGUCAUUGUCGUUCAGCACUUUGUCAGCUUCUUUAACUUCGCCCAUUGGUACAGCAAGAUUGAGCACACUCUCCUCCUCGUCUUUGAGUGUUUCGGAAACUUCAGGUACAUGUAAUAUUUUGUUUACAUAAGGUUUAAUAUUUUUCAGAAUUCUAUAGGCUGCAUCACGAAAUCUUACACCACACAAUCUAUUAAAAAACGGGGCCGAAAAUUUGGACAUUUUGGUAAAAGGGAGCAUUCUUUUAAUAUUUUCUGUCCUUAGUAUAUUUGACGAAACAAACAGCAGCGUCAAAAAAAAAAACUGUUCAGUGGAUUGCGAUUUUAAGGGGCUAUGUGAUGCGAAGUUCCACAGUUAUUGGUGGAAGCUAAGCUGAAAUCAGCUUCAGCCUGAGAAUACAGCCGACAUUUCACCACUGGUUUCCCCGCGAAGUGACCUCUAAAGAACGAGCGCAGAAAUUCCAGACUGAUGACGUGUCACUACCCAAAUCUGGGAAGUACUUCUGAUUAGUCGUGCUGCAAGGAAAAUUUGCUUCAACCAAUUAGAAGCACUACCCAGAUCUGUGCAUUGACAUGUGACCAGUAUGGAUUUCUGCACUCGUUCCUCAAGCGUCAUUUCGCGGGGAAACUAAAGGUGGCGCCGCGAAAUAUCGCGUAUGGCAUAACCCCUUCAAUUUACUAUAAAAUGAUUAGAUUUCAUUAAAAUCAGCAGCCUUUGAACGUGAAUAAAUGUAAAUUUAGACAAGCAGUAAAACGUCUUUGCUUCAAUUUUCCAGCGAUGCAGAUCAGAAGUGUAAUAAAAGAGAAGAAAAGGAUCAUGAUAUUUUAUUAGCGUUUGUUUUUUUUUAGUUGUUUAUCUCUUUAUUGCAUUAAUAGAAUCAAUUCAGCCCACCAGCUCGAGUUCAGAGUAUGUGCCAUCAUCGGUUACACAAGGUAUGGAAUUGUGUUAAUUGUGCUAAUUUUGGCACUGGCCUAAGUUAAGUUUUGCAAAGAAAGACCCUCUAGGACUUUUGCUGGGUCCAUGGAAAAAUUGGCCAAUAGCUGACCGGCGCGUUCUUAGUAACGAGCCCAGAAGUCCUUGCCAAAGCUAAGUCGGCCCAGUUUUCUCCUCGUUUCUAAAGUGGCGAGUAGUUCACAUGACGUAAUGUCCGCCAUAUUGGUGUCCCAAAACAAUAAAACGACGGCCAUGUUUGUGUCCCAAACCAAUCCUCUGGGAGUUGAACUCUUCUGUUGUCGCAAUGAAUUCGUAUAGCUGGUGGCGACGUGAGUGAAAAAGCUCUAUUCUGUAGUUGCUUUGAACUGAGCAAUUAACCAUCUCAACUUAGUUAAAUAUGAUUCUUUUUGAAACUUGCAAGCAAACUUUGGUUGCAUUCCUUUGGCCAAUGGAAAUCCGGAUUUUGCGAUCCAAAAUUUGAUUUUUCGUUCCAUUAAGGGCUAAACCAAUCUAAGAUUGCAAUCUGAACGAUCCAUCUCCGCACUUGGAUCGUUCAGAUUGGUAUCUCAAUCUGGUUUUAAAUUUUUAUUCCAUUUAACGAAUUAAGCUUUUCGAUUGCAAGAUCGUGCUCGUUCAUCUAUAAAAACAGCGGUUCAAGGUUAGUUUGGGCAAAAGUUAUUUUACUUUGUUGUAUGCCGCUGAAGGAUUGUAGUAUAUUAAACUCAAGUUCUCCAGUAACUCUAAAUUCAUAAGGAAGCGAAAACGCUUGCAUUUUGUCAUCGUAAAACUAUAAUGUCCAAUGCCUGUGUGUUUAGAACGCUCUUCUCAGCACUUGAGAAUUCGUAAUUGUGUUCUGAAUUUUCUUGAAUCAAAUUUCAGAUUAUUUUAAGUUGACAAUUCCCAUUAUGAACCACCACUAGUUAAAGAGCUACUUUUCUUUCCCUUUCUCCACUUAAUUUAGCGGAAAGAAUAACAAACGAUGUGUUUAAAUUGGGAGGAAGAUCAGAGCAACCGGCAGCUACUGUAUGGAUCAAUCUUAUAUCAGAUUUUUGUUCCAGCUAGCGCGAAAAUCCAAACAAUCUGAAUUGUCUAAAUCCGAAAAAAGUUUGGCUAAAAGGAAUGCAACCUUUUGCACACAACCACAUAAUAUAACGAAAUUCGAUUUAACUCAAAAGUUGAUUUAAAAAACGUUACUUGCUGGAAAGUAAGGGGGCAUAGAAACUUCAAUUCUCCCGUAUACUGAAAAUAUCAUUAAACAUUUCCCUAAAAAACUAAUAAAAUUUGAAGCAUUAAAAUUUUUGUUUCAGUAAUGUAGUUCCUGGAGAAAUGAUAAGCAACUUGGAGUCUUACUAAUGAAUAUGUAAUAUUUCUUAUUGUAGAUCCCUGCGAAAUCCGUUUUUGUCAAAAUGGUGGAACAUGUUUUGUCGAAAAUGGAACAGCAGCAUGUACCUGUUUACCUGGAUACAAUGGAUCAGUUUGCGAACAAGGUAGAUGACAUACUACUUUUGCGUGCACGUCCACUCAAUAGUGGUGUAACGAUUCACAUUACUUGCGAUUCGAUUCGAUUUCGAUUAUUUCGAUUCUGUUAUGUAAAUGUUUCUUAAUUCUUAUAACAUAACGCGUAAUGUUAACAACAUGUAACCCUAAACCCUCAAUUUGAGUAACAGGGACAUGAGGAUUCACAGUCGCUUGGUUCGUAGCCAUGUUUGAGGGUUUGAGAACCUGACAAAGAGCGUGUAGCACAUGGUUUGCCUUGUUUGGAAAUUCGCAAGGGGUGGUUGAAGGACAGCAUUUUUCAGCACAAAAUGGCCCACGAACUGCUUUCUUCUUUGCUCGUCAAUCAAAAACGCACAUUUUAAAGAGUUCUGGAUUUUGAUUUUACAAUAUAAUAACUCACUGAGGGCACCCUGGAAAAGGUGUGUAAAAAUCGAACCAAAAUCGAAACUUGGCAUCACAAUCUCGCAUGACCUCUCGUGGAAUUUACACGUUGUUGAGGUUGUCAAUAAGGCCAAUAAAGUUCUUUGUCUAAUGAAGCGAACAAUCGGUUCUGUAAACAAGGAAAUCUUUUCCACAUUGUACAAGGCUCUUGUGAGAACAAUCCUCCAGUACGCUUCCCCUGUAUGCUGCCCUUACCUAGUUAAGAAUAUUGUUCUCUUAGAGAAAGUUCAGAGAAGAGCUUCUCGGUUGGCGUUAGGUCAGCGAAGGGGAGAGAUGUCAUACGAAGAUCGCUACGAAAUGUUACGGUGGUCGCAGUUGACUGAUAGAAGGCUAUUAUUUUUCUUUGAUUGAAUGCUAUAAACUCGUUUUCGGAUUGAAUAGCCUUUGUUUUUGCGAUCUGUUUGAGUUUGCUUCAAAACGUACCAGGUCCAAUCACAACUACAAACUGCAAGUUAAAUCGGCCAACUGUAAUUGUUAUAAAUACUCUUUCUUUGUUAAAAUUAUUCGUGAAUGGAAUGACCGGCCCGCCAAUGUUGUUGAGAUAGGAAAUUUAAGACGUUUUAAAAUAGCUGUUAAAUCGUACAUGCGUAUUUCUUAGGUUUUUAUCUAUCUUAGAUUUUAUUCAUAAGCAUAUAUUUUUAGUUUUUAUUUUUGGAAGUUUAUUUACAUAGGGUUAACCUCUUAAACUUCGUUUUUAGGGUAUUAUUUGUGUCGUUUAUUUCUUAUGAUACCUUAAAUAAAAUAUUUAUGUAUGUAUGUAGAAGCGAAGUAUCGUGAAUCAAACCGAACGGUCAUAAUUGCGAUUAGUCGAGAAUUCGAUUAAUCGUUACACCACUACCACUCAAGAGAGGUAGGAUUUAACCCUCGUCCUACUAAGCGGGUCUAAUGAUACCCCUGCUGGUAAUCAACAUUUGCCAUAGCUCACAUGCUUGGACAGUGUGUUCGAAAUUUAAGGAAUUUGUCCUCAUGUAUAAGCCACCUUGAAUGCAAAUAUUACUUUUAUAUUACAUGUGGAUAUACAAACGUGGGGCUCAUUUUCCUGUUGAGGCCCAAAUCGACCCCAGCAGCAAAACAAUAGCAACGACAUUGACAGUAACCUAAGCAUGUUUGUCUACUUUGCACGUAAACGUUUUCCUUUGAUUUCAAGGAGCUAUGUUCAUAUUUGCAUUCACAAAUAGAAGUUUAAUGAACAUUUAUUUUCUAAAGGUUAUAAACUACUGUAUAGCUUUAAAGCUACUUUUGUUAUGGGGUCUGUUUUAACCCCAGUUGGUAGGAUUUGUAUGCAAAAUAAGUUGCUUUGAUGAUGGUUGUUAAAGAAGCCGUGUCAUGGCAUUUACCAAAAUGCAAACAAUGUGAACUACUACUACAAAAUUAAAGGGGCUGUGUCACGGCAGUCCAGUUCAUUUUGUUUAAUUUUGCAAGUUACUCGCCCUCAAUCGCUAUGGAACUUAAAGUAAGCAAAGAAAUUACUUGUAAAUGACACAAGCAGAGAAUCGACACAAACAAAUGUCUCCUGAGCGUUAUUUUUGAAGUUGCAAACAGCAGAGAUCAACUUUGAAAAACUGUUAGGCUGAACAGUUUUCCAAAACCCUAAUUUCAAUCCUUUUCAAUCUUCUUCAGUUUUGCCCAUCCGUGGCAUCUGUUGUAUCUGUUGUGUUAUUUUAACCUUCCUUUAAUGUUUUAGGCGGUUAUUUUCACGUUUCUCUUAAUUUAACGGGCAUUUUGUAAUUACCUACUUUGGCUGAAAUUCGUGACACAGCUCCUAUAAGUGAGACAAACUUGAAGAAAAUUGAAACGGAUUGCUUUUGUGGUGGAAAACUUGUUUACAACAGUUUUUCAAAGUCAGUUAUUUUUGUUUUUUGUAACAGUUUCAGUCUCAGUUUAUUUUUUUGCCAGAAAAAAGAAAUACAUAUGCACACAGACAUUCAAUAUAUUACAAAAAUGUUAUUUAAAGAUUAAAGAGACGUAAAUUGUAAGUGAAAGAAUUAAAAGUAUUUUUCUGGCUAGGAGGCUCAAAUAAAAACCUUGGAGCUUAUUAUAUGAGCUUUCUUCCUAACCUAAGACUAAAUAUAAUGAAUAAAUAAGCGGCAAAAUGAUACUGAAAUAUAAUUAUGGUAAAAAGCAAGCAAAAGAAAACGUACAAAACAGAAAAAAAGCAGCAAAAAACAAGUUAUAUUUACAAACGGUUAAUCAACUAAAAAGAAAUGUUUUUAAUCUGGAUAACGUUUGAAGUAAUUCCCGGAAGAUAUAUUGUCAUUCACAAGUAAUUCACAAGUAAUUUCUCAAUCUUCAUAGCGGAUAAGGGCGUGUAAUUUGCAUUACUUAACAAAAUGAAGUAGCCAGCCGUGACACAGUCCCUUAAACAAAAAAAGGCACGUUGUUAGUGAUAAAAAAUGAUAUGUAGCGACAGAAAACAAGACACUAGAUUCAAGACAUCUGAUUUGAGGAACGAGUUAUUGCAAACCACUUAUUGUUACUUUACUCAGUAUGGGAAACAAAAAUGAUCUAUCAAUUGUUUUGUAUUACAGAUAUAGAUGACUGUGCAAGUGGUCCUUGUCAUAACGGGGCGACGUGUCUUGAUGGAGUAGAUAGCUUUACUUGCACAUGCCCAGUUGGAUUUGUCGGCGAUGUCUGUAAUUACGGUAAAAUUUCAACUCUUUCUCCUUUCUUCUAUUACCCCCGAGGAUACAGGGGCUAGUCUGACAUUUCAGACUAUGCGGAGUCGGACACCGCCAUAUUUAUUAUAUCCAUACUGAGAUAUACUCACUGAAAAGCCAUUUCGUAAAUUUUCCUACGCAAAUGAGUUUUAGCCAAUCAGAGGAGCGAACGAGGUUUCUCACACGUGAAAAGAAAAAUGAUACGUCCAAUCAGAAUUGCGAACGAUCUUUUUUCACGUGUGAGAAAAAGGAUCCGUUCAAUCAAAAGCCACAGUUGUGUGUGAAUUUGGCGUCAAAGUUCCCGCCUUUUAUAGGCGCUAAAUGUCGAUAGGUGCUCUGAUGCUGUUGUUUGAAGUUUAUUAAUUCAUAAAUACAUAGCAGUUCGAAACCUGAAUUGCCUAUUUACCUUACAAAAAUUAAAUUAUAGAUCUAAACAUUAACUAAUCUAUCUUAAUUAAAAGGAAUAAAAAAGCUAACAAGAGAUGAGAUGCUAAGAAAAGUUAUCGAUUGGAAAUACAAGCUGCGAAAUUCGAAAACUCUAACCUUCAAGUUAGUUGCUUUAAGACAUCAAAGGAUAACAAAGCUAUUCUUAAAACGGUCGGUUUUAAAACGUGGCGUGUUAAAAGGUAGUACGCAGCUUAAUGAAUAAGUAGAUUCGUGCAGUGCAGGUUAUUAACUUAUAGAGGCGGUGAUUGUGUGAAAAAGUGACUCACUUAUUUCGUCAUGAUGGGUUGCUAAUUCCUUAAAGUUCAUAAUAACAAGAGCCUCAUGAUAGCUAACACCGGAGCAGAUGAUGGACAUUGCUCUCUUCUGUAUACGUUCCAAUGCUUGCAUUAAAUAUUUAGGCAAACUGAAGUGAAAGGCCGGUACUGCAUAGUCCAUAAUUGAUCUAAUACAACUAGAAUAGCAGAGCCCUAAAUCAGUGCGAGUAACCUUAGCUCUCUUAAAUUGUACCAAAAAAUAUAAUCUCUCAGAGGCCUUCUUAUUUCACUAGAAAUAUUGAGACCCAAUAACUAUACACUGUCUACAACUUCUAAAGUAUCGCCGUUAAUGAGAAAGGGAUCAAAUUCUUAAUGGGAUUUCGUAAAGGAUAUUCGCAUUUCUAUACACUUAACAGUGUUCAGCCGGACUCUGUUUCCAGUGACCGUUGUACUACUCUAUCUGUAGUACGUUGGGCAUACAAAAAUUAUACAUACAGAAAUUAUACCAUGCAGAAAUUAUUUUCACUUUUUUAUGGCGCUCUUUAUACAAAGGAAAGCGGACUAAUAUUUGUUUUUUCGUUUGUUUCUCACUGUCCAUAAUUAGACGAUCCUUGUCUGCAUAACCCAUGUAAGAACAAUGGAACAUGCUACGUCGACGCUGCAAAUAACUACACAUUCUUCUGUGUAUGUCCGAUUCCGAAAAAUUACGAAGGACAGGACUGUGGAGAACCAGGUAAAAUAGGCCACACCAACUGUGACAGUAAAGUUGCCUUGUUUAUAGACUUUCAAUUAGUUCAUUUUCAUUGGGUCAUCAGUCGCGAUUUUCAGUCGACGUGCGGGCAAAUCUGGCUUGUUAGGUGUUAUGUAUUUUUUAACAGCUAAGAUUUUUAACAUUUCAGCUCAAGAGAUGAAAUAACGGUUGUUGUUGUUUUUUUUUUCAAAUUUGUUGCAAAAAAUUACCAUCAUCGUCACCAUUACUAUCAUCAUCAUCAUCAUCAUCAACAACAGCAACAACAUUAUUCAUUAUUAUCAUUAUUGCUAUUUUUAAAAGGGCGUACUGACUCGUGUUAAGGUUUACCCCCCGGGAAUUUCAGCCAUAUAACAAAACGUGCCAUAUAUUGACAUUAUGCUCCCUAGCUUUCCGCUUACCUCUACCUUCCAGAGCCUAAUUUCAUCCCAAAGUUCUGCAGUCAAGAAAUAGUCUUUUCAUGAACGUAUAUUUUUCAGUAGUGUGGGAUCCCUCCCUAAAAAACCUCGCAGCGGUCUCUUUCUAUUUAUUUUUGGAUGUCUUUUCUAAAUGACAAAAUUCUCGGUUGUUCAGUUGUGUUUUUUUUCCUGUUUUGUGCAGUUCAAUGCUUUUGGGAUAUAAUGUACCCUUAUGGAGAAGAACAAGGAGAUCGUGAAAUGUUAGUGACAGACGUGCAAGCAAGAUACUGUAUACCACUGCCUAUUAACCCUGGUUUAGGCUUUUACUUCUUCGGAAAUCAGCAUUUUGGGCUUUUUGUAAGUACUCAGAUCAAGUUGUGCUUUUUCGUUGUUUGGUAAGGGUGGUUGGAGAACUUUCGUCUCAGUUGAAACCUAACUCCCUAACCGGAUAACUUUGUCUUGCCUUCUAGAUUUGUGCUAAUGGAAUGAUACGUUUCGACGCAGAAAUUGAAAUGGAACGCCCUAUUCCAACUUACGAUGUAGUCAACUUCCCCUUCCAUGUUCCCAUGUUGACCCCAUAUUGGUCAAGAGUCGAUUAUUUUGAAUCUUUUUGUGCCGAUCCAGAAGACUGCAGCAGCAUACAUUAUGUCAAUCGUUCCGUAGUGUACUACCAAAACUACACUAAGGAUUCUCAAACUCAGAUGGCGGCCUAUAUCCUCGGUAAUGCUAGUGAAGAAGUCAGAAAUCACACGCGCCCGUCGGAGGCAUUUCAAGGUUUCUCGGCCUCGUGGGUGCUUGUGGUCACGUGGCUUCGUCUUCGACCAGAGGAAUUCUUUGGAGAUGGAAUUGAAGAGGAACUUGUAAGUGAUAUUUAAGGGUCAUAGAAUGAUUUGGGUGGUUUACUGGCAAAGAAAGGCAUGUCCUGCUGUAGAAUGAACGAGAAAUAUAAGUACAGCCGAACCUACCGUAAACGUCCAACAAAAAUGUAAAGAGUUAGUGGUCGCUUAAGGGAGGUGAUCAUUUACGAGAAUCUGUACACAGGGGUGUAUAUUGCGAGAAUUGGUCUCUACUCAUCUGCUUUUUUGGAACAGAAUUAAUUGCGUUCUAUUUCUAAAGUAUGAGGUAUGUGUAGUUUCAUAUUCUCACCACAUGUUCUUCGCAAAAUCUGCGUAGUGUAGUUCGCUCUGUCAACAUAGGGAUCAGUCAAUAAGUCAAGAGGUCCCGCGGGAUAAAAAUAAUGGACAAGUAUAAAACCGUCGCCACCGUUCCUAUUUUUGCCGAUCCGACUGGCCACCCCUGGGUAACAACCCAUUCUCUAUGUCUCGCCUGUUCUUGAAAACUUUCGCCACCGUUUCUUGUUUUUUUUUCCGAUCCGACUGACCACCCCUGGGUAACACGCCAUUCUCUCUCUCUCGCCUGUUCUUGAAAACUUUCCCGAUCUUGCAUGUCUUUGUCUGUUUGUUUGUUUGUAUUUCUACUGUAUUGACCACGGAACCAAUUUUCAGUAGUUGAUUAUAUGGAUCAAUAUACGUUUCUGGGAAACUACUCACCUACUCCUCCCCUAACCAACUUUAACACUUAGUUCUUUCUUUGGGCAAAAUGUUGGCUUUGGGGAGGGGUAGGUGGGCAGUUACACAGAAACGUCUAAUAAUCCGAUUAUAUUAUCGUCGAGUAAAUUAUUUUGCACUCAGCAAUGUUUUUACACUUUUAUUUCUUUUAGACAAACACAUUCCAGGCUGUCAUCAUCACUAAUGGAACGUAUUCGUUCGUCAAGUACCACUACCCUUGCGGGGCUAUCACUUGGUCUGCGCCGCCGAUUUUGUAAGUGGAAGCACUACAGCGUUAGCCACGCCACUGCGAAUUGCGUUACGUUUAAAUGCAAGGCGCCAUACUUAUGCGUCACAGCAAAAUUUUUCACCUGGUGAGAAAGACAAUGUGCAUACUUCUAGAUAGAAAGAUGCUUGUUUAUUUUACCCUAUUAUUAUAUAGAUACUGAUGAAAUACCAGGAUUUUUCCUUUCGCUAAAAAAUCAUAUCUUCAUCGCGCGCAGUGAAGAUACUAUUUUUAUCUUUCACGUGUGAGGAUAUUGGUGUCGCCAUGGUUACUAAUAUGAUUAGCCAAUUACAAGAGAGCUUCCCGCUCAGGCGUGUGGCCGGUUCUUUUGAAACUUCAUUCACAAAAUGGCUUCGAGGUGUGAAGACGGUACAGUCACUGGUGACUUGCUCAAUGAACUGCCAAAUUUUCACAUCGAUACUUUUUCCGAGCUUGAAGAACAUUCAGGAAGAUUUGCCGAAAAAGAAGUUGUGUUUUAUGUAGGAAUUUCAUCAGUAUCUAUGAAAUAAACAAAACAUUACAUGGCCGCUUAGGGAUACGACUUUUAUCUUCUCGUGCUGAAAGUAUCUCGAAGAUAAAACUUUCAGCACUCGAAGAUAAAAUUCGCAUCCCGCGCGGCCAUGUAAUAUCCUCUAUAUGUAGCAUUGACUGAAUUGCUGGGUAGGCCAGCAAAAAAGCAUACACAAUUGCAUAUAGACAUUUGACAGUACCAAAAUCAUUUAGUUCAUUAGUCCAACCAUGUGCGGGUCUCGGAUUGCGGUGACGAAGAGGAUAUUCUCACUCGUGGUACGUGGGGGAGGGGAUAACUUUUAUGAGGGGAUGAGGAUGUUGCCGCGCAUUUAUGAUGAACCUCUAAAAGUCAGCAACUCCCCUGCCUUUAACUGUGUCUAGGCUGGCUAUGGCCAUAGCAUCAGCGUACUCUGUCGUGCCAAAAGUUAUCCUCAAGGCUUUCCUUUGUAUGGAUUCUAAGAGGUCUUCUGUGUGUAUCAUGGGAAAGCUCCUUUCAUCAUUCUAAAAAGGACGUUUAUCCUACACAAGUUUGGCGUGAAAUGUUUUUAGUUACAUACUCAGCUCUCCUGACAUGUCUUAAAAACUUCCGUCUGUUUUUCUUUGCCGAGCUCUUUUUGGUACCAUUUUAAGGGCAGAUGAAAUUGAUAAACCCAUAUAGAAAGGCAGAUAAUCAGUUAAGGUAUCCACCCAGCGGUAAACUAUCACGAUAAAUUAUCGUGGACAUCGUCGAAUUCAUUUAUAAGGACCCAUCAAAGCAUAGGAAGAUUGUUAUAUUAACUUUUUAACCUUUGUAUUCAAAUAUAGUGAAUUCUUCCCAGACUUGUAUGACGGCUAUCCUGUAGCAGGCUUCAACGCUGGAGAUUUCGACUUCGCCGAGCCAGAUUUAAAGUAUCCUAGUCUCGAUAGGUGAGGUCUUAUCACGUAACAAUGGGCCACUUCCGAGUUCCAAAACCCUCACUUUCAAAAUGAGGCCAAGUGCACAACCUUUCUUGUGAAAAUGAGUUUUAUUUGCAUGAGAAUGAAAAAUCAUUUGCAUAUCAAAGGCUGAGCACUUAACCUCGUUUUGAAACAAAGGCCCGGGGUACCCGGAAAUGGCCUAUCAACACAUCCGUUUUGCCCCGUGCACACGUAUGGAUAUCUUGGAAUCUGUAUAAUUUUGGAAACGGAUUUUUUGUUCUCCUUUUAGCCUUCCAUUUACACGUAAACGGCGUUUUCGGGCACCAGAAACGCAGGUUUCUCAAAACGGGCCCCCAGGAAGGAGAUUUAAAAACACCGGCUUCUCAUCUAUGUGUGGACGGACGAAACAGGCGGUUUUCCAUGUCAUGCAUCAUAUACUACUAGUAUUACGCACGCGCUGUAAGGGAUGCUAUCGUAUUUCUCUCGUUUUAGUGUUUUCAUGUGGACGGGCGUAAACGAAUCAAACACGCUCCGAUCUCUCUCUGAUACACGUGGUCAGGGAUAUAGAGCGUUUCACUUGCGUGGCGAACAUUGGAACAACAACAAAAAAACGUUUUCAAAAGAACAGACCUCAACCCCGACAGGAUUGUCUUGGUACACCAUCAUGGUUGUAACAUCAUGUGAAACUGCUCUAUUGCGAGUAACAAUUCAUAAAUUAGUUUUUUAACGACCUCUAUGCGUUUCUUUGCCAUGCCUCUUAUCUAUAUAGCAGGUAAGCAUAAAUAGUGUUAGGGUCUUAUUGGACCCCAGAUGACACGAUUUGUAGUAGUACAAAUCCACGGUGACAAAAACACGGGAGAACCAAAACCUGUUAAAAGGAAAUCGAGGACUACCAACAUGAUCCUUUCUAGUUAACCUAGAGUAUUUGCAACUACGUUUACCUUGCAAUAACUAAUUCUGAAACGCAGAAAUGAGAAAUUGAGUUACGUUUACAGAGCAAAGGUGUUCAUAGUUUAAUUCUUAUCAACUUUAAAUGCUUUUUGUUAUACACUUAUUCUCGGCAAAAAGUACUACUUUCUGCAACAAUUUUUGGCGAUCAUUCGUUGCAAGACACUGUUGAUCCGUGGGUGCUAAAACGCGCAACAUUACAUUUCAGCUCGCAAUGUUGUAAAAGUGAUGCUACACGAGACAAUUCGCAACGACGACUUUUAGCGCAACACAGCGUUGCAACAUUGUUGCGACAUUGUUUCGAAUAGUUACAACAUUGUUCCAACAUUGCAACGCUGUGUUGCGCUAAAAAUCGUGGUUGCGAAUCCUCCCGUGUAACAUCACCUUACCUUACCUUACAGUGAGUUUUCUUUACUGUAGCUCAGGGACACCCGAAGUGAAAGAACUCGAUGAUCACCUUGGUAACACCGAUAGGAGAGGGGAAUAUUUCUUCAGAAUCGAAGACAGACAAGGAGAUGAUGCAACCGCACAGUGCUUUAUCUGGCAUGACUACCAAACAAGUAACAUGCAAAGUCAGCUCCAAAACGCAGUGGGAUCUCUCACCAGUUGCCCGUGUUCGUUUUGGCAGGCCUUUUUUGAUACCAGAUUUUCAUUUUUUGGAAUUUCCAAGGGCGACUGGUGCUUUACUUCGGUGACAACAAUUUUUAUUAACACUGACAUUGGUGGAGACCCCGUAUUUGCUUUUGCCAGACAAAAAUGCUGUUACUCUUUCCCGUUCCUAAACGAGUUUAACAGCUUCCUGACCUUAUCUUUUGUUGAUCGACCUGACGAGUUACUGGAUGACGAAACUGCGGAACGUUUGUGCUGUGAUGAAUCUAACAACUGUGACCUGUACUACGAAGUGCGUCCCCUGGAUUUCUGUGAUGAUUACUUUCCAAUUCCAAGGCGUAAGUUUUCCUGUACGAAUAGCCUGUGUAGCAAGCUUUCCCGAUCGAGUUAUUGCGCGAAAGUUGGAGCGAAAGCAAAAACUGGACGAAGGGGAAGGGUAGACAGGAAAUCCCUCUCCCUUCUUUCCAGCAAAGGUGACUUUUGUCUGCGCAGGUGCGAAUUAUUCCCAGGUUUCUCGGGUUUUCGAGCGUUUUCGUACUUUUCACAGAACAAGCAAUUUUGAGCGGCAGAUAGUCUCAGCAAUACUAUGGACUGCAUUUACUUGUAUUAAAUAACCAGCAAAAAAGUGAUUGAGUCAAGUACAUGUAUAUGGUGGGUCCCGCCUUUAGCAUUAAUUACAGUGAACCACAUCCGUUAGGAAAGCACCCAGACGUUUAGAGACUCCAAUUAUUCUCUAGUUUUGUAGUAAACAGGUAACUUAUUUUAAUAGAAGGGAUCGUGGUGAGGAAUGUUUUGCCAAAAAAUGAAAAAAUAAGGAAGUCUGUGAGUCGCUACAUGCAUCACUUCGUCAUUCAGAGGUAGGCUUAGCUACAUAAUUCCGGAAUUUUGGGGAGAAUUCUAGACAUAAAAAAAGAAUUUUUAAAAAUAUCGGGAAUUUUAGAAAAAAAUUGACAAACUGGAGAAUUUUAGAGCAAUUUGAACAUUCACCCGACAUUUUGACAACAUCUCACGGGCAAAAACGUUGAAAAAACGUUUUUUGUAUUCCUACCGACCAGGAGAGGGCUCAGUCCGCUCACAUGCUACAGCAGUUUCUAGAGCACUAUGGGACAUUCGUUUGUUAAGGAAGAUAAAUACAGAUAUAAACAAAUGUAUAGUGAUGUUUCUUGGAACCUUUAAACAUUGGUAACAAACGAUGUUUUACGAUUACAACUCAUUCCUUUUUGUUAUAUCGCCAUCAAAAAACGAAAGUUUUGGAGAAUUUUAGAGAGUUUUUGGAGAAUUUUAGACAUUUCUAAGAAUUUUAGGCCAUAUUUCCGGAAUUACGUAGCUAAGCCUAUUCAGAGGCAAUAAAGUCAGAAAUUCACAACCUGGCAAGAAAUAGAAAAACUAAGCCUAAGAUUAUAUAAAACUCAACAACAUCUAAACAUUUAAAGGUCAAGACGUUGUACACAGUUUGAGUGAUAACACAUACCACAUAAACAAUAAGCUUACCUUUCUCCGUUUUCUCCGGGUGAGCAGGACGUUUGAGUGAAGUGGAAAAAAACGUUUCCUCCUCCCAAAACACUCUUUAUUGUAGCAUUUUGUAAAUUAAAAAUUUCCCAUCCCAACCGAUGUUCUUCGCUUUAGAUGAGUUCUUUUUGCAACGCACUCAGCAAUAUACGCAUAUUAAAAAUCUUGUCAACGCCCCCAUAAGUACUAUGGGCUAAGAGAAGGACAUCACACUUUGUAAACCUUAACACGCCAUCUUGACCGAACGACCGAAGGAAGACUUUCGCUUUGGCAGCCUUCUUUGUUUACUCAUUGCGCGCGGUGAGGAGACUGAACACAACAAAAUCAAACAGCCAAUCAGACAAAAGUGUCCUUUGUUCUUCUCUUCUCUUUUUUGCCCUCGUCCCAACUUUCUCGACGCACUCGUGCGGAAGCGCUUACUAUCCAGGCUAAUGUGUAGUCACUUCGAUUCAGAAUUGAUAUGAUCGUGUGGUUUCGAUUACCGCUCUACUGAGAUCUAUUGGUUAUCAUUGUUAUAUAAAAAUCAUUUUCUUUCCGUGCUUAUUAUUGUCAUUAUAUAUGAAUUUGGUUAUUGCUAUCUUUAUAGUUGUAUGUUCUCGCCAUAGAUGUCGUUAUCGUUAUCCUUAAGUCAUCAGCGCAUCUAGGACUCUGCUGAAUACGUAAUCCAUAUUCUACGGAUUAAUAACAGCGAGCAGUCGCCGACCCAAAACAACUGACUUAUUGAAGAAAACAUCAGCGAUAGACUGGCUGAAAAAAAACACUAACAAAUAAGUGACAGAUAUUAUAACGAGGAAAGACGAAUCGUCAAAACCUGUAUUAUAAGUCAAAUUCGCCCCUUGAUUUAACUCCACUUGGACGUUUUUACUGUUCACACUGAUGAUGCACUGUCUUUUUGCGACAGUUUUCUUUUUUGGCGACCCGCACAUAAACACCUUGGAUGGCAAAAACUAUACGUUCAAUGGUCUCGGAGAAUAUACCAUGACCAGAACCAUGAACGAUGCGCUAGUACUUCAAGCAAGGACAAAAGUAGCUCAGGGAGGAUUAAACACAGCUACUAUCUUCUCAGCCGGUGCUGCUAAGGAAGCAAACACCAGCAAGGUUGAAGUCAGGUUAAAGGAUGGAGGUAAUGAAUGAACGAACGAACGAACGAAUGAGCGGAUGAAUGAAUGAAUUAACUUCAUUUAAGUGUCAAAGUAUUUAUCUAUGGACACUAAAAGAACAUUCUAAAAACAAAAUUGCAAAAUGAGGAAUUAAUAAAAUAGAAACGCUACGUGUGUUAAAAAUCUAUUUAAAAAAUUCCAGUAAUCUUGUAGACAGGGAAGAUUGAUAAUAAAAAUCUAAAAUUUGCACUAUUCACAAAUUUAAUAUCGCUUCGUUCCAAGAAAAACUGGUAUUUAGUAUAUUCACGAAUUUAUAAUUAUUUAGUUAAAAAAGUGAUAAAAUUCCAUUGCAAACGUGGUUAAGUAGCACAUAAGUUACAAUUGAUGCAUGUGCCCUCAAUAAGAGAAGUCAAGUCUUUCUUUCCGAUGGGUAUUGGAGGAUGGGUAUUCAACUUAAGCAUUAUUGUCAACUUGUCCCAACCCGAGAAAGGAAUGAAACAUUGAUUGCUUGAUAACUUUUCUUUGCCGAACGUUUUUCUAAGGUUUAACGUGUUUAGUAUUAAAAUUUCUUUAAGUUUUAUUAUAAAAUGGUCCGUUUUCAUGUGUUUUUUUUUUGCCAUGCAGCCGUGAAAAAAAAUAAUAAUUGCACCAUUAACUUACAGUGUAGAUCUCAUAGUCAACGAAUACAAAUAAAAACCUGAAUUACAUACAGCACGACGAUGAAUUUUGCAGAAAGGCUCCAAUGAACUGGGAUUUUAUCUAAACGAACUUUCACUUUUGUAGGUGGCUUGGAGAUGUUAAUUAACGGGACACUCUACCCUGGAAUUAACAAUCUUACAAACAUUAGCAGAAACGUUGGGGGAAACCUGCAGGCGAAGAAAAAUGAGGACAACUGCGUACAAGUCAUUUUUCCAUCAGGCAGUGGAGUGGACUUUUGUGUAUCUAAAGGAAUGAUGUCAUUUGUAGUCGCAUUGGAUACCCAGUACUAUAACAAAACCAAAGGUCUUCUGGGAACAUUUAACGAGAACAAAGAUGACGACUUCACACUGCCGAACGGAACUGUUCUCUCACCAAGCAUCACAGCCAAGCAAAUUCACUACGAUUUUGGGUUAAAAUGUAAGUUUAAGGUUUUCCACGGAUUUACUUCCUUCCCACAGUGGGCAGUGGAAUUAUGUUGGACCUUGACUCUAGUUUAGUUCGUUUGUACGAAGCAAUGUAAUUGCGAUAAAUUCACCAAAAAUUAUUGCCCUGUGAAAUGGUGUGGGCUGAGGCAGCCACACCUCUUCCUUUGAAAUUUUGUAUUAUCUUCAUAGAAUUCCGUCACAGAAAAAAAAGUAUAUAGAAUAGAGCUGCGAAGUGUCCCGGCCUCCCCUUUCUGAAUUUUCUGGAUCCGC